AUGAACAAGCCACUGCAGCUCGCGGUCUUUGCCUCGAUUCUGAUCUCUCUAUGCUGUUCGUCUCGUGCUCAGACCUGCCAGAACUACAAGUUCUCGAACCAAAACACCUACGCGAAAUGCGUCGAUCUCCCGGUCCUGAACUCGUUCCUCCACUGGAACUACACCGCGUCGUCGUUCCAGCUCGACCUGGCGUUCAGGCAUGUGGGAGCGACGGCUUCCGAGUGGGUCGCUUGGGCCAUCAACCCAUUGGGACUCAAAAUGUUAGGGUCUCAGGCCCUCGUUGCCUACCAAAGACCGGACGGAACGUUCUACGCUUACGCGUCGCCAAUUGACGGCUAUGACACGGCGCUGCCGGAGGGGAGAUUGAGCUUCAGCUUCUCCAAGCUGUCGGGGACGUUCGAGAAAGGCGAGAUGACGAUAUUCGCGUCGCUUCAGCUGACGGGCGACUUGGUAACGAUCAACCAGGUGUGGCAAAAUGGCCCCUUGAAAGGUGGUACACCGGCUAUUCAUGCUUCGAGCGUGGAUCAUCUCACGUCGUUUGGGACUCUGAACCUUGUCACCGGCGCUGCAAUUUAG